UAGUGACUUUUCUACAGAAAAAUAACCAGAAAUUUCUAUUUAUUUUGACAAUUAAACUUCAAAAUAAACAACAAUAAUUUUACUAAUUAAAAUAAUGAAUUAUCAAUCAAUUAAUUAAUUUAUAAAAAUAAUUAAAAAGUAAACAUGGAACUUGGAAAUUUAAACUCAUAUUUAUCUAAUCCUUCACACGAAAAUUUAUUUACCCAGUUUUUCCAUGGAUGUAUCGACGAAAUUUGCGGUUACCCUGGUCCAAGUUAUCAGCAAUUUGUAAAUAUAGGUUGGAGUAACGAUGAAUAUAAAUAUUUUCAUAAAUAUAUCAGUAAAUUAUUAAAAAAUCCUCUGGUACUUUACUGCGAUAUGACGAAGAUGCCGCAGGAAUUUCUCGAGUUGCCUGAAAACAUGAAACCAAAAAUAAUAUCAUGUGUGAAUGUGCGAUUAGAAAAACUAACGAGCGCAUUGAUAACAGAAGUGUCCCAGAGAGAAAAGUCGACGGUGACUGACUUUGACUGGAGAGUGAAAAUGAUCAUGGGCUCGAGCCAUGUCGCCUCUUUGAAGCUGCCGGUUGUCCAACUGGACCUUCUUGUUAAGGAAAAAAAUAUAAAAGAUAUCAUCAAUGUAGAGAUGGAUCGUGACCAGUUGGAUUGUUUUAUUAAAACACUUGAAGCUGUUAUAUAAAUUUGUUUUAGUUGUUAUAUAUAUUAAUAAAUUUUUUUAGUAUUAUUUA